UGUUUCUCGUUUUCAAUGGCAAAUUGUCUGGAAACUCUUUUUUUUAAAGAAACGAAAUAAUAUUAGGGGAGAAUUAGACUAAAGGUCAUCAAAGCAGAAGAAGAAACACCAGCGAAGAAGACGCCGCAGGAGGAAGGAGGAGCUGUGCUAGCAAACCUGAAGCAAGUUCACUGACUACAGGCUGCUGACAUCAUGGCUUUCCUCUGCAGAAGUGCAGCUUCGCUCCUGAAGCACUCCAGAGCUGCUCCAGUCGUCCUGUCCGCGGCUCGUCUCUACAGCUCAGGUGGUCAGUAUGAGUAUAUUUUGGUGGAGAAGCGGGGUGAGAAGAACAACGUUGGUUUCAUUCAGCUGAACCGGCCGAAGGCUCUCAACGCUCUGUGUGACGGGUUGAUGAGGGAGGUGGGACAGGCGUUGGAUGUCUUUGAAUCUGAUGGCGACGUUGGGGCCAUUGUCAUUACCGGCAGCGACAGAGCCUUUGCUGCUGGAGCAGAUAUUAAAGAGAUGCAGAAUCGGACCUUCCAAGAGUGCUAUGGCGGAAACUUCCUGGCUCACUGGAACCGAGUGUCCACAGUGAAGAAGCCUGUGAUUGCUGCUGUCAAUGGAUUUGCUCUGGGUGGAGGGUGUGAGCUGGCGAUGAUGUGUGAUAUCAUCUAUGCUGGAGAGAAGGCGCAGUUUGGCCAACCAGAGAUCCUGUUGGGGACCAUUCCUGGGGCUGGUGGAACCCAGCGGCUGACUCGUGCAGUGGGUAAAUCUCUGGCAAUGGAAAUGGUUCUAACUGGAGACCGAAUCACUGCUCAAGAUGCCAAGCAAUCAGGGUUGGUGAGUAAAAUCUUUCCUGUAGACCAGCUGGUGUCUGAAGCUGUUAAAUGUGGGGAGAAAAUUGCUUCCAACUCCAAACUGGUCUCUGCUAUGGCUAAAGAGGCUGUUAACGCAGCUUUCGAGUUGACACUGGCUGAGGGAAAUCGUUUGGAGAAGCGUCUAUUCCACGCUACCUUCGCAACUGAUGACCGAAAAGAAGGCAUGACUGCCUUUGUGGAAAAGAGAAAGGCCGCUUUCCAGGACAAUUAGGACGGGGCAGAUUAAGAGAUCGACCAUGAACACACGCUUCCUGAUAUCUGUGGUUCUGUUUCUUGUCUGCAAUACAUUGAUUGAUUGAUUGAUUGUUUGAUGAAGAAAAUCCUGAUGGUAGUGGAGCAUACAAGCUGUUAAGAUUAAAAUUCAGCACUGCGUGAAUGCACAGAAGUGUCUUAUCGGAGUGAAGCCCUGCCUGCUGAGGCUCACUUUCAUAAUCAAGUGGCUGCCAGAGGUUUCACUAAUUUGAUAACUGUGUUAUAACCAGUGUAUAACAAGAGGAAUUAGUCUCGUUGACUUGUACGGACUUUGCCUUUUCAUUUGUCAAAUGUUUGUCUACAUUUUGUGGGACAAACUUUUUCUGUGUACAUUUUACAAAUAAAACUCUAGAAUGUU